AUGCCUCCCAAAACCGCCUGCUCUCCGGUAUUAUUCAGCAGCGAACCGGACAAGUACUUCACCCUCUCCGGGGGCGAAAGCAGCUCCUCCGGCUCCCCGCAGAACCCCCCGGCGGACCUGGGGCAGCCGAGACCCGGGGACGGGGCGGGGGGACCGGCCGCCGGCCCGGGGAAAGCGGAAUCCCGCCGGAGGAAGACCCGGAGCCGCCCCAGGGUCAAAAGCGAAGCCGCGGCCACGAAGCAGCGGAGGAACCGGCGGAUGAAGGCGAACGACCGCGAGCGGAAUCGGAUGCACCACCUGAACGACGCCCUGGACGCCCUGCGGGGUGUGCUGCCCACCUUCCCGGACGAUACCAAGCUGACCAAAAUCGAGACGCUCCGCUUCGCCCACAACUACAUCUGGGCGCUGACCGAGACGCUGCGGUUGGCGGAGCAGGGGCGCCCGGAGGCUGAGCGCAGCGGCCGGGGGUCACCGUGCGAGCUGGGCAGCCCCCUCAGCCUGUGCUCCUCCCCGGGUUGGGACUCCCCCCGGUCCCUGCGCUCGCCCGGCUCCGCCGAUGAGAUUUUCCUCUCCCUCCAAGCGGAGCGCAUCCACACCCUGCACAGCAGCACCCCCUUCAGCGGCUUUGCCUGA